AUGGGGAAAUUUCCCAGAGUACUAGACUUCCUUAUCAAGGACCAAGUCAUCAAAGACCAACAGGGAGACGGCACUGUUUCCAUCUUCAAAGACAGCCAGAUGUUUUUCACGUUCUCAGUGCAUUGUGGGAGAAACUUCCCGGUGCGUAAACAGCAGAGUGACUUGGACAUGAGUGUGGAGGAUGGGAUGGAGGACAAGGAGUACCUCUCUACAGUUUAAACCCACCUUCUCUGGUGGCUGCUAGAGACGUUUCGUCCAGACCUGGUUCUGUACGAUGCUGGAGUCAACCCUCACUGGGAUGACGAGCUGGGGAAGCUGCGGCUGACUGUCCAGGGUCUUUACAAUAGGGACCUGUACGUGAUAAAGACAGUGGUGGACAGAGGUGUUCCUGUUGCCACGGUGAUAGGAGACUAUUAAGACAUCCACAAACUGGCCCUCAGACACUCCAUCAUCCACAGAGCAGCUACUCAGGUCAGACACUCUCGUCCACUACCCAGGUAUGAAGAGAACAGAGGAUGUAACUCCAUGGUUUUACCUGAGGCUCAAGAGAACCCAGAGAGGAUUCAUCUUCACUGGUUUUGUUUCUCAGUGUAA